AUGGGGUACCAACCAGGCUAUUCCGGUCCAUCCAAGACAUGGAGCCAUGCGCCUGUUCCCAUGGCCAACGAGCAAACAGAACCUGGUCUACCAUCCCUCACACCUGGUAGCCUGGACUCUACGACGUCUGUAUUACUCACCCAGCACCGAAUAAUGACUGAAAGUCAUAAUCGCAGAGUCAAUGGUCUUUUAGAGGCCCCAAGAGUAUCCUAUCAGUCAGGCCCAACUGGGAAAGCGAACUCUGCGACAGGGUCGUCUCACGCACACCACAACAUGCAUGUCCCAGUCACAGAGCCCAUGGCGCGCGCAGCUCACCCAUCACUGCAAAUAGAACCACACAGGAACCUACGAGGCCCAGCGGGUCCAGGGUACUCAUACACACAUGCCCCCAAGACGCGGUUUGGAAACCAGCAGUCUAAUCCUGCUCGACGGAAACAAAUCCAGACAAACUACAUGGAUUGUUUGGCUGCGCGAAUUCCACUACAUGGGCCUCUUGAUGACAGGUCGAAGGACAAGAAGACACUGCAAGCUCUAUUGGCAAGGAUUUCGCGGGAAGCCGUCAAACAGCACGCGAGGGAUCACGGCCUUGAAAUUCCCGACGAAGCUGUUAGUCUUCAGUGCUUUGGUAGCUCGCGCAAUGGGUUCUCACUCCCCGGAGCAGAUCUUGACCUCCUGUUCAGCAUGCAUAUGGAUCCGACUAUUGCGAAACUAGAGGCGGAAUGCCCGCGCAUAUUGCAAGACGCAUUCGAGCUUGCAGGGUUCCACUCAAGUCUGAUAACCAAAGCGAGGGUUCCAAUCAUCAAGAUAUGUGGGGUCACCACACAACUCCUGCACUCGCUAAAAAGCAAGAUCCAAAAAGAAGACCCAAGUCUGGGAUGUGCGAACUCAGCAGUCGAUCAAGACCCAUACUCAGGUCCACAUUCCCCCGCUCAGUUCGCUUCAGACCACGACCUUGCAAUUCCUGGAGCCAUGCAAUGCGACAUCAACUUCUCCGGGCAUCUGGCGCUGUAUAAUACUGAAUUGCUCCGCAGCUACGCACUCUGUGACGAAAGAGUGCGUGCGGUGGGCAUUUUCGUUAAGAUGUGGGCCAAGGCUCGCAAGAUCAAUACCCCUUACCAUGGAACUCUGUGCUCAUACGGCUAUAUCUUGAUGGUCAUACAUUAUCUCAUGAACAUUGUAUACCCGCCCUUAGUUCCUAACCUCCAGCUGAUGUAUCAUUCGUCAGAGCGCAGGGACACCACGUCUAUCAACCAACAUGGUCUGGGUUUCUUCAGUAACGAGGCAAAGCUGAAAGGGAAGGCUUGGAUUGAUCCCAGAUACGUCAACCAGCAAUCCAUUGGAGAGUUACUGCGCGGUUUCUUUGCAUACUACGGGAGCCGCGGUACAUACGCGCCCCGAGGCGGCUUCGACUGGGUCCGCGAUGUCAUCUCAAUCCGCACGCUCGGAGGGCUUCUGUCCAAGGACGAAAAGGGAUGGACAGCGGCCCAAACCGAUGAAAGCGGACAUCGACUGAGGUUUCUCUUGGGAGUUGAGGAUCCUUUUGAGCAUCAUCAUAACGUUGGGAGGACCGUGACUCUAAACGGCGUCAAAAAGAUAAGAGCCGAGUUUCAACGAGAGAAGCCCCAAUGUGCAGCGACUCCCUGA